UGCCCCCUCUCUGCGGCUGCGCGGGAGCCCGGCCGCCGGCUGUCACUGCGGUUGCGCGCGGCGAGCGGCGAUCCCGGGGCGCCUGCGCGGGUGGCUUUGCGGGCGCUCGCGGUAAGUUUGCGCCAAGUGCGCGGCAGCCGGGACGCAGACGGCGGCGGCGGCGAGAGGCGGAGCCCGGGGACCACCCCCCAUCACCCUCCCCGCAGUCACCUCACGUACCACAACCUCACCUAACCUCUCACCCCCCCACCUCCGAUCCCCCCAACCCCGGGAUGGCAGCGCCCGCCAGCCUUCCCGGCCGGACCAGCGGUCGCCAGCGCCGGCUCUAGCCUGUGGGACUAGGCCCCGCCGAGGCCUGACCCCCCCCCGAGCCGGGACCCACCGUGCAGCCAGCCGCCGGGCCGGGGCUGAGGGGCCGCUCCCCCCUCACGGCCCGUGGGGAGGACGCUGCCGUCCCGGGGACUGGGGGCCGGGGGGUGGGGGGGAGCCAGGGCGAGGAAGUCGGGACCCGUGUUUGGAAAAAAGAAGAAGGGCCGGGGUCAGGAGCGCCCCCUCCCCCCGCUUCCCCCCUCCCCCCGGGGUUGGGGGGGCCGGAGCAGAGAGCGCCCAGCCCGGGAGGUGGAUGAAUGUGGGAGAAAAUGGAGACCAAGACGAUCGUGUACGACUUGGACACGUCGGGGGGGCUGAUGGAGCAAAUCCAAGCUCUGCUGGCUCCCCCCAAGACGGACGAGGCCGAAAAGCGGAGUCGGAAGCCUGAGAAGGAGCCCCGGAGAAGCGGCAGGGCCACCAACCACGACAGCUGCGAUAGCUGCAAAGAAGGUGGGGACCUCCUGUGCUGUGACCACUGCCCGGCCGCCUUCCAUCUCCAGUGCUGCAACCCUCCACUGAGUGAAGAGAUGUUGCCCCCUGGGGAGUGGAUGUGCCACCGGUGUACCGUUCGCCGAAAGAAACGAGAGCAGAAGAAGGAGCUGGGCCAUGUCAAUGGACUGGUGGACAAAUCUGGCAAACGGACUACAUCCCCCAGCAGUGACACUGACUUGUUGGACAGAUCAGCUAGCAAAACUGAACUCAAGGCCAUUGCCCAUGCCCGGAUCCUGGAAAGGAGAGCCAGCCGACCUGGCACGCCCACAUCCAACGCCAGCACGGAGACCCCCACCUCUGAGCAGAAUGACGUCGACGAGGACAUCAUUGAUGUGGAUGAAGAGCCAGUGGCCGCAGAGCCGGACUACGUGCAGCCCCAGCUGAGGCGGCCCUUUGAGCUGCUGAUCGCUGCCGCCAUGGAGCGGAACCCCACCCAGUUCCAGCUGCCCAAUGAGCUGACGUGCACCACUGCACUGCCAGGUUCCAGCAAGAGGAGAAGAAAGGAGGAAACCACAGGGAAAAACGUGAAGAAAACACAGCACGAGUUAGAUCACAAUGGUCUUGUUCCCUUACCGGUCAAAGUCUGCUUCACGUGUAACAGGAGUUGUCGCGUGGCCCCUCUCAUCCAGUGUGACUAUUGCCCCCUCCUGUUUCACAUGGACUGCCUCGAGCCCCCGCUCACUGCCAUGCCCCUGGGCAGGUGGAUGUGUCCGAAUCACAUCGAACAUGUGGUGCUGAACCAGAAGAACAUGACGCUGAGCAACCGGUGCCAGGUGUUUGACCGUUUCCAGGACACCAUUUCGCAGCACGUCGUCAAAGUGGACUUCCUGAACCGAAUCCACAAGAAGCACCCUCCCAACCGCCGCAUGCUCCAGUCGGUCAAAAGAAGAAGCUUGAAGGUUCCCGAUGCCAUCAAAUCUCAGUACCAGUUCCCACCCCCUCUCAUUGCCCCCGCGGCCAUUCGGGAUGGGGAGCUGAUCUGCAAUGGGAUCCCUGAGGAAUCACAGACGCACCUUGUGAACUCUGAGCACUUAGCCACCCAGGCAGAGCAGCAAGAGUGGCUCUGUAGUGUUGUUGCGCUCCAGUGCAGCAUAUUGAAACAUUUAUCUGCUAAGCAGAUGCCUUCGCAUUGGGACUCUGAACAGACAGAGAAGGCUGAUAUUAAGCCUGUUAUUGUGACUGACAGCUCAAUCACCACCUCCCUGCAAACAGCUGACAAGGCACCUCUACCUUCCCACUACCCCUUGUCCUGCCCCUCAGGGCUUAGCACCCAGAAUUCCCUGAGCUGCUCUCCACCCCACCAACCCCCCACCCUAGAGGACAUCAGCUGCAGCUCUUGUGCGGAAAAAUCCAAGAAAGCCCCCUGUGGGACUGCCAACGGGCCGGUGAACACAGAGGUGAAAGCCAAUGGCCCACACCUCUACAGCAGCCCCACUGAUUCCACGGACCCCCGGCGACUUCCAGGCGCCAACACCCCCCUACCAGGCCUCUCACACGGGCAAGGCUGGCCCCGGCCCCUCACGCCACCAGCGGCUGGGGGGCUUCAGAACCACACCGUCGGCAUCAUUGUGAAGACAGAGAAUGCCACUGGCCCCAGCUCUUGCCCCCAGAGGAGUGUGGGUCUUGUCCCAAGCCUACCCCCUUCCGUUCCCAGCUCUUGUGCCAGCAUCGAGAACACCAGCACUUUGCAAAGAAAGACUGUCCAAUCCCAGAUAGGACCUCCGUUGACAGAUUCAAGGCCACUGGGCUCGCCCCCAAAUGCCACCCGGGUGCUCACUCCCCCCCAAGCAGCAGGUGAUGGUAUCUUGGCCACAGGAGCCAACCAACGAUUCUGCUCACCAGCGCCAUCCUCAGAUGGCAAGGUCAGCCCCGGCACGUUAUCCAUAGGAAGCGCUUUAACCGUACCCUCUUUCCCAGCCAACUCUACUGCCAUGGUGGACCUCACCAACUCACUUCGAGCAUUCAUGGACGUCAAUGGAGAAAUCGAGAUAAAUAUGCUGGACGAGAAGCUGAUCAAGUUUCUGGCCUUGCAGAGAAUACAUCAGCUUUUCCCCUCCCGGGUCCAAGCUUCACCGGGCAGUGUCGGGGCACAUCCGCUGGCUUCUGGAGGGCACCACACGGAAGUGCAGAGAAGGGAAGUACAGGCCCGAGCUGUGUUCUACCCCCUCUUAGGGUUGGGAGGCGCUGUGAACAUGUGCUAUCGAACCCUCUACAUCGGGACAGGAGCUGACAUGGACGUGUGCCUUACAAACUAUGGUCACUGUAACUACGUGUCCGGGAAACACGCCUGCAUAUUCUACGAUGAGAAUACCAAACAUUAUGAGCUGUUAAACUACAGUGAGCACGGGACAACGGUGGACAAUGUGCUGUAUUCAUGUGACUUCUCUGAGAAGACCCCGCCAACCCCCCCAAGCAGUAUUGUUGCCAAAGUGCAGAGUGUCAUCAGGCGCCGCCGGCACCAGAAACAGGAUGAAGAGCCAAGUGAAGAGGCAGCCAUGAUGAGUUCCCAGGCCCAGGGGCCGCAGCGGAGACCCUGCAACUGCAAAGCCAGCAGCUCGAGCUUGAUUGGGGGCAGUGGGGCCGGCUGGGAGGGCACGGCCUUGCUGCACCACGGCAGCUACAUCAAGCUGGGGUGCCUGCAGUUUGUCUUCAGCAUCACUGAGUUUGCGACCAAACAGCCCAAAGGCGAUGCCGGCCUGCUGCAAGAUGGGGUCUUGGCCGAGAAGCUCUCUCUCAAGCCCCACCAGGGCCCCGUGCUGCGCUCCAACUCCGUUCCCUAGGACUGGCGGCUACCCCGUCACCCGCCCGUCCACCCCACCCAAGACUCCUGCAAUGCAAAAAUGUACACAAACCAAGCCCGGGUUUUUUUUCUAUACUCCACCGGAAACCCUUCGACUACAAUCUUUGCAUGAAAUGAAGAAACCUUUUGACUGUUUUUUAAAAAUCCUUUUUCUUUUCUCAAGUUCUAGGGGGCAUUUGCACAUAUAUUUGUACUCAACAUUUCAUGGGAAAGCGGCAGACCGAGCUGAGGAACAGCGUGGGCAGGGAGGGGAAGGCCGAUGGUCUGGACACCUCCAACACAAAACCGUUCCCCACCCACCUCCUGCUCCCUCCCCCUCGCCCGCCGUUGUAAAAUAAUCAGAAACUUGUUCUAUUUUGUGGCAGUGACAAUAGUUUUAUAUUAAAAGAAAAAAAUACAGUUUUCAUACAGCAAAAUCUAUACAAUAUCAUUGUUUUAUUUAAUAUAAAGAUCGUACCCACCCUCCUUCCAUGGUUCCCACCCUCCAGGUUAUUUUCCCUUUCUGCAGCGGUUGCACUACAGGUAGCUACUGUGUAUUAUGGACAAAUGAGAAAUGAAUUCUUUUUCUGGCUGUCCAUCUUAUUUUAUUUCAAAUAAGGAAAAGUGUAUUUGGAUUUUGUGUAAAUACAUCUAGUGAUGACAUUUUUUCAAUGUUUUUAAAAACUGUGUACAGUACUACAUGUGGUAGAGCGUUUUCUUCAAAUUGUCUAUUGUAGCAAAAACGUUUUUGUCGUAAACCUGUUUUGUCUCCUUUUUUUGUUCUCUUGCCACUUCUCUCCUCUUCCUCCCACCCCUGGCUCCCUCCUUUCCCCCCAUCCCCACAACUAGUACCGAUGUACAUAGUAAUUGUAAUGUUUUAGACUUUACAGAAACUUUCCUGUAUUCUGUAUAUAAAAAAACAAAAAUACUUCAAAUUA